AUGUCUUCUGACCCUCACCGCGGCGGACGUCUCGAGGACAUGGCUCCCGAGGGCACUCGCAUUCCCAAUGAUGCAGGCAUCAUGAACACAAUCCCCUCCGUUCCUCGCCCUGAUCAGCGCUCCGAAGACUCUCAGUUCGAUAACUACGGUAUCGCUCACCCAACCUCCGCCUUUGCCGCCGACAACGCCACCGAUAUGCCUCGCAGCACAAGAGACAUGGCUCCCUCAGGCGAAGUCAUCACCGGAACUGGUGAUAGUUUCCCGGCUGAAGGCGAGUCCAAGAGGACCCUGAUCGGCACCAAUCACCCUGGUGCCAAGGGCGAGUCCAGAAACCUGAAGCACUCCAAUCUCAACCGCAGUUCUUACGAGCGGUUCUCCGGGGAGGACGAAGAUGCUAUUGGCGAGCAUCAGAUCAGGAACGAGUAAAAAAUAUGCAUAUCUGGGAUAUGCUCGACAUGAAUAUGAUGUAUUAUAGGUGAACGAAACGAUAUUUCUAUCCUGUGCUAUGUUUUGUCCUUUCGUAGAGUUCUUCAUCGUACAGUUAGCCUAUGAAUCCCCGGUAGAUCUCGUCGAGAACAUCACGCUUGCGUUUGCGGUCUGCUCGUUCGGCUUCUUCGGCUUCAUCAUCCGGCUCACCCUCGGGUUCCCGUGAGGCCCAGGUGCGAAUGGUUCCGUCGCCGUGGGCCGAAAACAUCUCGAUCCCUUCUCCUGAGGCACCGUUACCGCGCCAAGCAAGGGCGUUGAU